AUCUUGAAGAAAAUGGGAAAUACAUCACGCUGGCUAGAUGUAGAAGUGGGGGCGGACGACACGAACCUCAAUACUUUACCCUCAAAUGUAGUGACGGUGGACCUCCAGAACGACAAUGAAUUCAAACUACUCAUCGGCGAUCUGGGGCGAGGGGAUGAACCAAGCAAACUCAAAGUGUACAAAGGAGCCAUUCAAACAGCUGACAUGGUUCUCCCAGACGUCCCCCUAGGCGUGGUUGGCUUCUACUCGAGUGACACGGUUCCUCCGUCAUUCCCCAACAUAGCAGUCGGCUUCAGCUCCUGUGUGUACAUCUAUCGGAACAUGAAGCUGUUUUAUAAGUACUACCUGCCUACGCUGGAGCUUAACACUGUUGAAAUGGACAUUUGGAAACAGUUAAUAGACACGAAAAAUCAUGAACUGAAAAUAAUCUCAAGCCUGACCGACAAUCUCAAGUCUAUGCCAUAUCAGUACUUGAGUUCACAGUCGCAGAGGUUCUUGUCACUGAACCCUGAACAACAGUUGGAAUAUCUUCAACAGUCCCCAAAACCACUGGUGCACAAGCUGGCGGAGGUGACGUGCCUGGCCACCCUGCGGAUGAACUCGGUGGAGAGGUUCGCAGUGAGCUGCCUCAUCGUCGGCACUGAGGAUGGGGAUGUCAUCGUACUUGACCCUCAGACUUUCACUCAGCUGCAUCAGGCUAAACUCGAGAACAAUAAGGUACCAUUUCAAAUGGUGACGACAGGAUUGUACCAGGUCGACUACCGCAUAGUGGUCGCUACCAGGGAGAAAUCGGUAUGCCUGCUGAAGAGAGAAUGGAAAGAAGGCCGCAUACUGUUCAAUACUGACGAACACAUCAUUGCCAUUGAGGUGAUGACUGCAGAUAACAGUGUCAUGGUGAUUUGCACCGAUAACACCAUGACUUGUUACAGUCGGAAGGGCAAGAAGCAGUGGCAAAUCCAACUGGAGCACCGUCCAGUGUCGAUGACGUCACUGGGCGUGAUGCACCUGGGCGCGGUGCUGACGGGCGUGGCGCUGGCGUCGGGGCACCUGCAGCUGUACCACGGCAAGGCGAGGCAGGACACCGUGUUCAUUAGAGAUGUGGCAUCGGUGGUAAAGUUCGGACAGUUGGGGCAGGAGGAGCAUGUCCUCAUGAUCGUCACUGCCAGCGGGAACCUAAUGCUGAAAAUCCUGAAGCGCACGGCCGACUUCAACUCGCCGGCGGCGGGGGCGGAGGCGGCGCGCGGGGCGGGGCGGCCCUGGCUCAUCCCCAACAAGAGCAAGCUGUUCCUCGAGCAGGCCAAGAGGGAGCGGGAUAGUGCUAUACAGAUGCAUGAGAAGUUCCAAGGCGAGCUGGCGCGGCUGCGGCUAACGGCAGCGAAGGCUCUACUGGACGCCUACUCCAAAUCUGACAACAACAUCGGAAAGGGAGCCUUGGAGCCAAUAAGAUUGUCUGCUGAGGUGGAAGGCCUAGGCCCUGUGUUCCGAGUGACGCUAACGGUACAGAACACGGCCGCGGACCGCGCCGUGGUGGGGCUCGCCAUACUGUUCCACGUACACAACGCCGCGUAUAAAGUACACAACCCUUAUAUUAAGAUUCCUCUCCUAUCUCCGAGCAGCUCCCUACAUUUCCCGACGAAGGUUGAAGAGAUAUUUGAAGGAGAUUUUCACCCGGACGUGCUAUUCCGAUCCGUGAGCGGGCAGGGCGGCGCGCGCUCGCUAGUCAAGAUCCUGCUGCUCAAAGACGGCCGCAGCAGCCCGGCGCUGGCGGCCACGCUGCAGAUGCCGCCCACAGACCCGCUCAUGCUGCCGCAGCCCAUCACCGACGACACACACAACUUCGCAUAGAGGGCGUCUGUAGAACAAUGUGUAGCGUCAGCAACGCCGCCGACGACACACACAACUUCGCAAAGAGAGCCUAUAAAUGUGUACCGUCAGAAAAUUACCUAUACUGUGUACAGGGGAGACGACACACACAACUUCGCAUAGAGAACGCCUGUAGAACAAUUUGUACCGUCAACAAAAUUUUGUGUUAACAGGGUGGAAAAAUUAAUGGGCUCUGCAUUCGGAUUGCGAGAUGUAGGUACGUACACCAUUAGAGACAUUACAUCAUUAGGCGAGUGAAAACGACAAACGAAAAACGCGCAUACUUUGCGUAGAUUUUCACGGUUGGCUUAUUAGCUAAUUGAUUUAUUUUUAAAGUAACAAAACUUAAUCGUGAUCAAUGUUGUAAUAUAAUUAAGUUAAUGCUGAAUAAACUCUGAGGAUAUUGACAGAAAUAU